AUGGCUAUGUCACAGGCCAACCAGAUAGCGGCAACCUGGCAUCAUGUGAGGUCCAUUCUAGUGGAUGAUUUCAUUGGCACUGGGUCAGACCAAUUGUUGUUGCUUUUUAACAAUAUUCCAGACAUGUCAGCUGACCAACAAAGAUUCCAAAUAACAGACUGCGGAGAAAUCAAUUAUCCAAGCAAUUUGUAUAAUGAAAAAGAAGGUUCAUCAGCUGAAGAAGGAUAUCAUGAAAACCGCUUUCGUAUCAUUCAGGCUCUAGAAACAAGGUUACAGGCAGGUUUGCGUUCAGUUCAAGAAAUGCAGCAACAUUUACAAGUCAAGGAGAGGGUCCUAAAAUCAUCAUGUGAGACUUUAUUUGAUAUGCUUCAAGGGAAGGAAACUAUUUUGCACUGUGCAGAGGAGGAAGGUCUAGUUUCUCUCUGGGAUGAUUCGUUACAUAUUUCAUGCCCAUCUGAAUCAGAGGCUACAUCCCUAUCUACAGAUUCUGAAUGUUUUGUUGAAAAAAUUUGGCAUCGUGUUGUUGAUAACUUCUUUGUGAUUGGCGUAAAGUUAUAUCCAUCUAUAUAUUUAUCACUGAGCAACGUAGCCUUAUCACUUCUAAUGGAUGAAGAAAUAACUUCACUCUCCCCAGUUACAAAGUGUCAAACUAAUGUGCUAAAUAUGGCCAUUAGGUCCCUUUUUGACUAUAAUGCUUCCUACCAAACAGAACCUGUGGCUAAAAAGCAAAGACUUGACUCCCAUAACAAGGACAAUCUUUCAAGGGACAGUAAAGAAAGACCUUGCUCUUCAUCCUAUCAAAAUGAUUUGGAGCACACAGUAACUGCUGUCACAGAAUUGUCUCCUCUGUUAGCACUUAAUAACACUAGUUGUGUUCUGCUGCUACAUGCCAGAAGGGAAAAUCAACCUGACUCUAUACUAAAAAGGGAGAAGCUGACUGUUCCGUGUGGGAGAAUUUCUCUACGCCUUGAAGAGGUUUUAAAAGGAAACCAUACAGUAAAUGUAUUUGAACAUUGUCAAGGUGACGUAAAUUUGGAAAAUGUUUUGGCUCUUCUAUCAGCAUAUGAGAAACGCUCUUUUCGUAUCUGGUCUCCAGACUACACAUUGGUAUCGGUAAAAGCUUGGCUCCUGGGGCCAAUGCAGGGAAAACCUAUCAAGCAACUUCCUGAUUUAUUUUUUAGUUGCUUACCAGGGAGUCUUCAUGGUACUCUGUUUAUCUGGAUCCCAGGAACCCCCUGUGAAGGAACUCUUACAAUAUUCUACAGGACUGAACCCGGCUUACUACAGUGUCUUUACAGUCUGAAAUGUGUUCUUCCUCCAACCUGUGUGGUAAAUACCAUAAGUGUAGGGGGCAAGUAUUGCUUGACUGAAAGCUUGGCACAGUCUAUGGAAGAGGAGUUGCUUGCCCUUAGGGGAUCUGCAUCAGCUGCAGCAAGUGAUGUUGAAAAAGAAAUGAAGCAAAGAUGUAUUAUGAAGACGAAAACCAGCAAUACAAUAGGUCCUUUAUCUGACACAAAGGAACGUGUACAGAAGUACAGGGAAGAACUUCAAAUUGAGCAGAAGCAAAGCAAAUUGGGAGUUCCGUUGACUACUAGUUGUAACAUGUACAGACACAUUGCCUUUAAUGUAGCCGAGAUUCAAAUGAAAACCGACACAAUUGCAUUUAAACUGGCUCAGUCAUAAUAUUUUAAUGAUCAUUACAAAAUUAUGAUUGGGAAUAAUAUUUUGUAUUAAAAAGAAAAAAGAAAUCUUAGCUCAGUGAGUUAAAAUAUUGUUUCAGUUUAAACUUCUGUUAAAGUAAGUAUUUAUGUACAAAAGUGUUUAUUCAUUUUUUUGCUAAAAUCAAUUAUGUAAGAGUGUCUCAAAUUCCUGGGUUUUCUUUAUUUUCUUAGAAGGAUGCUUAAAGGAGAAAAAACUAAAUUGAUUUUGUAUUGCAUGCACAUAGUUUAUUUUUAAUGUAUUCCACUGUGUUCAAGAGAUAGAUGAAUAGUUUUGAUAUCUUUAGGGCAGAAUUCUCUUAGCUAAUAAUGUUGAAAACAGCAUAAAUUCAAUAGAUGAGUUAGAUUAAAAUCUAAACAGA